AUGACAAUGCGCUGCAAUGUUACAUCCAACUCGGUGCUCAGAUUCGUUAAAAGUGUUAGUGUGGAACCAGCUCUAGCACUCUAUAUAUUCACCGCAUUCAUAAAGUAUCCCGUAUUUCAAGCUCUUCUCUAUGAUAAAUCCUGCAUCACCAGAUAUAAUGAUCCGGCAUUGUGUGCUAAUGCAUCAGCAAUCUAUAAAGAUAAGCAGUUACAAGGCGAUGAACAAAGACUUAUGUUGUUUUCAUCUCUUUGCUUACUAUUACCUUCGAUCCCGACUGCCCUUCUUCUUGGAUCGUUAAGUGAUAUAUGGAGUGCCAAAAUCCCGAUAUUAAUCCCACUGUUGGGUGUGAUAGCUGGCGAUGUGAACUAUAUUAUUCAGUCGACUUAUUUCUGGAUGAAUCCUCGUUGGUUAUUGCUAUCGGACAUUUUCUCGGGAUUUACUGGUGGAUAUGCUACUUUAAUGGGAAUGAUGUUUUCGUGCAGUAUGAAACAGACAGACAGCGUUCACCGUGGUCGGCGAAUGGCCAUUCUCGAGGGCUCUAUUGGCAUCGGAGCCACUCUCGGCUUCGCACUCUCGGGCAUUAUCAGAGAAUGUUUGGGAUAUUCAAUGACAUUCGUAUUGCUGCUGGCAUUACGAGUGCUUUGUUUUGUCUAUGUAGUCGCAAUCGUUCACGAGAUCAAACCCGACAAACUGCAACAACAACUUUCACGAAGCAAACACUGUUUACUCAUCCGUUUGCUGCGUACCACAUAUCACCGUUUGAUCGACGUCUAUAAAGUUCUGACCGAUUCGAGACCAUCGCGGCCUAUUCUUUGGCUUAUUUUAACAGCUUUUGCAGUUGAGAUUCUCUCUUUUUCAGGAGUGAAUGCCAUUCAAUAUUCGUUUUUACGUUAUAAACUGAACUGGAACGACAAACAGUACGGAUGGUAUAAGGGCUUAGGUUAUGCAUUCAGCACCCUCGCUGUACUUUCGAUAUAUCCACUGAUGAAAAGUCGAGGAAUCAAAGACAUGUUACUGUGUUCAGUAGCAUUGAUCACCAAGAUAAUCAGUUUGGUAGCACUCGCGUUUGUAUUCAUCGACUGGUAUGCAUAUCUGACCACACCGCUGUCUGCGUUGAAUCGUUUCAUCGCUACCUCAAUUCGUGCUUGCGCCUCACAGACUGUUGACGUUGUGGAACAAGGUGGAAAAUUUUAUCAUAGCAUUUAUCAUUCCGCUUCAACUUACACCGACGAGCUCCACACAUCCCUACCUCUUUUGACCGCCAUAAUUUUUUUUGAAUUUAAGAGUGGUAAAGUUUCACGAAGCAGUAAAUCAGGAUCAGGAAGCGGCACAACGACUUCUUCAUCGCGAAGAAAUAAGCUUUCACAACAACGUCAAACUCAGAAGGGAUCAGCAGCCUCAAGUAGUCAUUCGCACAAGCGCCAACAAUCAAACGAAGACUCCAAUCGCAGCGUCAGUUCAUCACAACGUGAAGUGCCAGCCAACAAUAACCCUGUCGAUAAUAAUAAUAACAAUAAUGACAGUAAUAAUAUGAAUAAGAAUGAUCUGAGAAUGGAUCCCGUUGAGCUUCGUUGGUCUUCGAGAGGUGGUCUUCAGAAGGUAUUCAUCAAGAACCCGACCUCGGAACGUCGCGCCAUCAAAGUGAAAUGCUCAGAUAAUAACCUAUAUCGUGUAAAUCCAGUUUAUUCGUUCGUUGAGCCAAAUCAAAUUCUCUCCAUCGAUGUGCUACGUCAGGUCGGCGAGGCCAAAGUCGACAAAAUGGUUUUCCUUGCUGCUCAGGCAACAGCCCAAGACGAUCACCCAAGCGGAGCCUUCCAAACAAACGAACCAAAGCCUAUGAUGGUAUUACCGUUGAUUGCGGUCAAUGAGUGA